GAACUAAGGGCCCGGGCGGUGUGUUCACCUUCUCUAUUUCUAUCCCUUCAUUAGGUUCUUUGUUAGAACCCUUAAACCUACCGGAAACACAAUGAUCCGAAUCGCCAAAAACCCCAAACCUCUAACAACUCUGACUCACCAAUUCCUCCAACGCUGCACCGUCAGUGGAACCGCCAAAGGCAAAUCCAAACUCAAAGCCGGCCAACCUUUGAAACGCUCCAAAAUCUCCACUAAAAAAGGAAAAGGCGGCGCUUCUCUCGACGAUUCCCUCCCCAAAGGCGGCAGAAUCCCCGACGAGAAGCAAAAACUCUACGACCAAUGCCUCAAUGCACCCACGCCGGUCCGUCACCUCUCACCGAAAGAGCGAGCCCGCGAAGCCGAACGGGAAAAAUUGGGAUUAAUAAGCAAGGAGCGGCAACGGGAAAUGGAGAUUUUGAAGAAGGGAGGAAGAAAGGCAAUGGGAGUCCCUGACGAGCCUAUGAUUAUGGGAACUCCGGGGCUGGAUUUGAUUACAUUGGGCCUUGUCGAUGCUGAUAAGAUACCCAAAUAUGAGCUGACGGUGGAGGAUGGCCGGAGAUUGGCCAAGGAGUAUAGUAGGGUUUUGAUGAGGAAGCAUAGGGCAAGGCAGGCUGCUGAGACUAAUUUGUUGAGAAUGAAAAAGGAGGCAAUUGAAGCGUUGCCGGAGAAACUUAAGGAGGCGGCUAUGAUACCAGAUUUGACCCCGUUUCCGGCAAAUCGAUUGAUGGCGUCUUUGACUCCACCUAUUGAAGGGUAUAUUGAGAAGGUUAAGGAAGCGGCUAAGAAAAGUUCCACCAAGCAGAAGCUUAGGUGAAGGCGAGGUGGAAGUAGGCAAGGGACAAACUUCACUCGUGAAACUGAUGAUCAAUUAUGGCUGCAAUGUAGUGUGAUUUUCUCUGAUGGCAAUGAGUCUCAAAACAAGAAGUAUUCAACAUUGAAAUUGAGCAAUGUCAUAUUUUCCGGUUUAACGUUGAAACUAGCAUGAUGUGUUGUGAUCCAAGCAUAGGCAGCAACUUACGAUUAUUAUUUCCUCUUUGAGGACUUGCUUGCUAUAAUAAUCUGAUAGCUUGAAUUA